ACCGCUAUCGACCCUCCAUGACUUUUUUGUAGACUAUGAUAGCUCACUCUCCUCUGUGUGUAACAAUGUAGACCGUUUCAAAUGGAUCGUUUCUGCCGUACGUCGACACGUUUUUCAUUCCACCAGUGCCGCUUUUCCCAACCCUUCACGACUCUUAUGCAAAAUGUCGGUCGAGGAUCACCCCACCACUCCAUGGGCAGAAGAAGACCGUCUCACCACGACGAGUCAACACAGUUCCAGUAGCAGUGAUACUAGUAGUAGCAGUCAUACGGCUUUUUCGAGUCUCAAAGUAGAAGAGGAGGAAGAUCCACUGACGGAUACCACGGAUCCCAUCCUGUAUCGAAAACUGCGAUCAGAAAACUUGUUGAUGCGCUUGGUACAUCAUCAAAAUCUCGAUUUGGAAAACCACGUCUCUGUGAUGCGUUUGUCCAAAGGCGUCUUUGUGCAUCACCAAUGGCAGCCGCUGCCGACGGUUUCUCUCUUUGAGCCUGCUGAGCCUGCUCUCUCUCCUCUCCUUGUGAAGGAGGAAGAGCAAGAAAAAGUACCCAUGGAUACCCAUGCAGCAGCAGCAGCAACACCACACACGCCCACGAUGGCUCCCACACCACCACCACCCCCACCCGCCCACGUGCUCGACAAGGACACGUCUAUACCCUACAGUUAUACAUUCGGUGUACGCUACACCAAUCCUUACACAGACGCCAAAGACAUGGCCGUACGCGGCCGUCUCCCCUUAUGGAUUCAAACACUUUUUCUGUCCGAAUGCGUACGUCAACAAGAAACACAACAGCUCGUCAUUCAACCCCAUACCCCUUAUGCCGGUCUCUUUCCUUUUGCCCCUUCCAUCACCGUCACUUUUCAGCCCGUCUUGGCAACAGCAGCAGCAGCAGAGGGAGAGACCGUCUCUUGGAUCGAACCCGAACUCCUUCUUGCCUACGAAAAAAUCACCAUGGAUCACUUGGAUGCGAGGAUCGACUUGUUUGAUCACGAUCGUCAGCCUGAACAGCAGCAAGAAAGAAAACAUAGAAAAAGAGUGCUAAGCAACAUGCUGAUCUGCCUUAUCCCUGACUCCCUGUGUCAGCCCUUGACCGAUCUCGCUCACCUUUGGGCCGCCAGUCAAGGCAUCUUUGUCUAAAAAAACCAUCAUGUAUAUAGCUAUGUAUAUAAAAAAACUCGUUAUUUAUUCUCUCUCUCUCUCUCUCUCUCUCUCUCUCCCCUCCUCUCCCCUCC